AUGUCGAACGUCAAGCAAGAGGACAAGAAACCCCCCCAGGUGGCUUUCGUGGGAACAAGCCCUGACCCCAUGAGCGAAAGCAAGGAGGCAACAGAGCAUGUCGAAUCUGCCUCCCAAAUCACUGAUGAGGGCCGCCGCCCCGAGCAAGCUCGCACUUUGAACCAUGAGGAGGUGACUGGUUCGGGUCCUUCCGCAGGACCAAGCGCCGAUCACGAAGAGGACGAGCCAAAUCUCUACUCUGAGCAGCAACCCUCACUCGCCUCACAGGCUCCUGAUGGACUUUUUCAAGGCAGCUUCAACCUUCAUCGCUCCCUAAUUCCACCAUCUUACCACCCAACUUCACCACCGGGUUCGCCAUUGAACGUCAUAUAUUCACCAACUUAUAGCCCAACUUCGCCAAACUUCUCCCAACUAUUUCCACCGUACUCUCCAACUUCGCCGGCCUUCCACGCCCCGGACUCGCCAAGUCCUUCACCUCCACCUCAAUCCGGCGGUGGCGGUGGAGCCAUUCCUCCACCUUUGCAACCCACUGGUGGUCGACGUUCUCCCGCUCCAGAGUCACGAAAGAAACGCAAGAUGGAAUAG